GUACCUGGCAUGGCCCCCGAGAUACGCGAGUUCGGCCGCGACCUGCGCCGCGCGCGCACGAUCCUCAUCAAGAUCGGCACGGAGAUCGUGCACUCGCCCGAGGGGCUGCUGGCCAUGGGGCAGAUCGGCAACAUCGUGGAGCAGAUCGCGGCGCUGCACAUGCGCGGGCACAACAUCAUCCUCGUGUCCAGCGGCUCCGUGUCCAUCGGCAAGAUGGUGCUGCACCGCCAGUACCUGCUCACGGGCUCCAUGCAGUCGCACCUGGGCGGCCAGGUGGACGACAACGUGCAGUUCUACGAGAAGGCGUGCGCGGCCGCGGGCCAGAGCGGCCUGCAGAGCCUCUACGAGAUGCUCUUCGCCCAGUACCACCUGGCCUGCUCGCAGGUGCUGGCGUCCGACGCCGACUUCCGGGAGCCGCAGGUGCGCGCCAACCUGCAGCGCACCGUGCGCGCGUUGCUGGACGUGGGCAUCAUCCCCGUCAUCAACGAGAACGACGUCAUCACGAGGCGCACGACGCCGCUCAUCAACGAGAACAAGGUCGCGUGGGACAACGACUCGCUGGCCGCGCUGUUUGCCCAGGAGAUGAUGGUGGACCUCAUGGUGCUCAUCACGGACGUGGACGGCAUCUACACGGGCUCCAAGGACGACCGCAAGCUGCUCUCGAGGUUCCGCAGGGGCGACAAGCAGCUGGUUGCAGCCGAGAGCCGCGUGGGCGCCAUCGGACAGAAGGACAAGCUGCACUCGUGCAUCCGUGCAGUGGACAGUGGGGCGGUGCGGGCAGCGGUCGUGGCGAAGGCUGAGCAGGGAGUGCUGCUCCGCAUCUUGAACGGAGAGAAGGUGGGCACACUGUUCGUGUCGGACGGAGAGCCCAUCGGAGACGCAGACGUCGAGGAGCAGCACAUCGACCCGCUCUACUCGGGCAUCGCGCCCCAAGCAAGAAACCCUAUGAGCAAGCUGUAGGCUCUGAGACGAGAUAGCGCUCGAAUCGUGGUAAGUCUCUUAAGAGGAUAAUAUCGAAUUGCCAUGAAAUGU